AUGUUAGGAAAGAGAUUAUCCUCACGCCUUUGUUCUUCCUCUGCUUUUCGCUUUUUGAAGAGUGGUCAGCAUCACGGAAGAGAGGCCUCAUCAAUUUUGAUUGGAUCCAAUAAUAUCAUCACUCAACAAUAUGGUGGCAAAGCAAUUAAAUUCAUUCCUUCUUCAAAUCAACUUUUCCAAACCAGAGCAUUCCACACUUCAAAAUUAGUAUCCAAUAAUGUUGAAUCUGAACAACCAAAGGAAGUUGUUUUUGGAGAAUUUGAAUUGGGAGAAGCAAAGAAAGAAGUUAUUGAAGCAGUUUUUCGUUUAUUCUCUAAACAUGGAGAUGUUGAUAGUGCCAAACUUUAUUUGAGAUCAUGGCAUACACAAAUUUUGCCAAGAGAAGAGAAGUUAGGACUCAAGAAGGCCUCUGUAAGAACUAAAUAUGACAUGCUUAUUGAUUGCAUUCUCUAUGGAUAUUAUGGACAAAGCUGUAAACCUGAUGGACAAGAUAGACAAUUGUGUGUGGAAUUAUUAUUGGAAUCAACUAAAUUAUAUAAGGAACUUUUCUUGAAGAGAUUUAAAUCAUCUGAAUAUGUUAAGAACGCACUCGAACACUCACCUCAUGGUAAUAAUAAGCUUUUAGCAAAGAUUAAGGAAAGAAUAGCCGAAUUAAUUGAAACUGAUGAAGCCAAGAAGAUUUUGGCUGAAAAAUAUGGAAUUACGAAUAUUGCUGACCUUUCAGAACGUAUUUUGAGAGUUGACUUUAUUUCAUCCAUGUGUUUGGCCAUGAUUUAUUUCCAUGAUGAAACUUUGAGAAAUUUUGAACUCUCUGAAUCAUACGUCUUGCGUUCAAUGGUCUCAAAGCCAAGUGAUGAGAGAAGUAUUUUAAUGUUGGCAACUAUUUAUGAGUAUACUGGAGAUAUUGAAAUGGCAGAAAAGUGCUACUUACUCCUUGCUCAAUACAAUCCAAAUGAUCCUGAUGUUAUGGGUGAUAUUGCUGUCUUCUAUAGAAAUGUUAAACGUGACCUCUUGAGAGCUAAACAAUUCUUUAUUGAUGCUAUCGCUGCUAAACCAACUCAUGUUAACAAUUUGAGAAAUUAUGCCAUGUAUUUGUUUGAAGAAGAAGGAGAUGUUGAGGAAGCUACUAAAUUAUUAGAACAAGCCAUGUCAAUUGUACCAAAUGAUUACAUGUCCAUGUCUAGUUAUGGUAUGGUGUCAAUGGCUCAAGCAGUUAACGAUCCAAAGAAUUCUAGCGCCAUAUUUAAGAGAGCAAGAGACAAUUUGAAGAGAUCACUCCAACUCAAUCCAUUCCAAUCCUGUGCCAUCUUGAUGAACUAUGCUGUCUCUGAAAGAAUGUGUGGAAAUAACAUUGAUGCCAAGAAGGCUUUCGAUGAAGCUGUUAAGGCCUAUGAUGAACACGAAAAGAUUGCUCCAAAUGACUCUCACGUUAAUUUAUUCAAUAAUUAUGCUUCAUUCUUAUUCGAAGAAGGUAAAUAUGAGGAAGCUAAGAGCAUGUAUCAAAGAGCUUUGGAACUUGAUUCAGAUUCUUUGGAGGUUCACUCUAAUUUGGCACUGACUCUUGUCAAACUUGAAAAUUUCAAAUUGGCUGAAACUCACUUUAAGAAAGCUUGUAAUUUCGACUUGUCUGAUGAAUUCCACGAAUUCACAGCUGUGAAGAAUAGUCUUUAUCAAUAUGCAAAAUUCUCAAUGAAUACUUUGAAGAAUACAACUCAAGCUAAGGAGUUAUUUGAAAAACUCAUUCAGGUUUGUGAACAUAACGGAGGAAGAAAAUAUUCAGACAAUACUCUUUACUAUGAAAAGUAUGAAAGAUUUUUAAAGAAUCAACAACAAGAAUAAAUUAUUUCAGUUUCCAUCAU